CAUGUAAUCAUUUUCUUAGAUUUGGCCUAAGUAUUAUUAAUAAUAAUUGGAAAAGAAUAAAAACCAACAGGACGAAAAUUAUAUUCAAGAAGUAAAUAAAAGUAUUGAUUCAAAUGAGGUAGAGAGUCGGAUGAUAAUAAUUAGAAAAAAACUAGAUUCCCUUAGAAAAUAUCUAUGAAAAGAAAGAGAUAGAUAUGUAGCAUUUUGAUAAUUUUAGGAAAGAACUGUAGUUAGAAAAGGUGAAGGAAAUUUUGAUUUGGGGACGCAAUUCAAGCUAUUAAUUCAAGCAAGUCAUUGAUAGAAUCAAUAGGUCUGAUUUUUAUGUUAAUUGAU